AUGAAACUAUCUUCCGUCAUACUAAGGCAAGUCAUUAACGAUAGUUUUUAAUAGUAAUAUCAAUUUUCUUCCAGCAAUGCCCUAAACUAUGAUGUAGCGAUUGUUGGAGGAGGUAUUGUUGGUUGUGCGACUGCCAGACAACUCAAAUUGGACAGACCAAACCUUAAAGUAGCCUUGCUGGAGAAAGAGCCUGAACUUUGUAAGCUAUUUUAUACUUUCUAGAUCGUGUUUUAAAUUUAGGCAAGAACAUUACCAAAACGUGAAAGAGGACUCUGUAAAUGUAAAAUACGAGUUAACUGGAUUAAUCCAACUUUUCGAUACAAAAAAAUCGCCGUUUCGACCACCUUUUUAUAUUAACAUAGGGCGCGAGCUGCCGAAUCGGCGAAGCCUUCGGAAUUGCAAAUUUCGCUAAUUAUUUUACAUUAUUUGCCAAAGAGGCCAAUAUGAGACUAAAUUAGCCUUUGCUUCCGUAUUUCCAUAGCCACAAAAGGCCCAUAAAAAGCAAAUGGCUUGGAAACCAAUUGCAAUCUCGGGCCCAAAAGCCUUUGUUUACAUAAUGUAGGCGGUGAAUCAUAAUAGAGAAGCCUCUAAAAAGGUUUUGCGCCAUGUAGAGAGGCGAAGAUAUGGUUGAGACACAGAAUUAUUAGCAUUUGAAAGAUUUUUUGCUGCGAUAGUCAUCAUGAAUAAUAUAGAAAAAAGAAAAAAAUACAAUUCAAAAUUUUUACAAAUGCUCAAUUUAUGGAUUGAAACAGUAGAAACGAACAAAUUUUUCUAUUAAUUAAUGAGACUUUCCAGCAUUUAUAUUACACAUUUAGAUAUCAAUUUCCAAAUUUUUUUAUGUUUUAGCCAAACAUCAGUCAGGCAACAACUCCGGCGUCCUUCAUGCGGGUAUUUACUAUCAACCAGGGAGUUUGAAGGCCAAGCUAUGCGUUCAGGGCAUCGAUCUCGCCUACGAUUACAUUCAGAAAAAAGGAAUUCCCUACAAAAAAUGCGGCAAGUUGAUCGUUGCGGUGGAUAACAGUGAGAUCGAGAAUUUGGAGGUACGCAAAAUACAUAUUAAUGCAGUUUUUAGGUUCACGAUAAACUCGUUUUUUUACUUGACUGCUUUUUGGGGGCGUUUUUUACAAAAAAAAGGCUAAAUUAGGCUGAAAUUUGAUAAUUAAUGGCGAUGGAAAUAACAUAGGGAUCCUCAAUUGGACACUCUAAAGUUAUAGGUUCGUAUUUUGACCAGAUAUUUUCAGAAAUUAUACGUACGAGCGCAGAAAAAUGGCUGCAAAGAGAUUACAAUGGUGGGCCCUGAAAGAAUCAAGGAAAUUCAACCGGCCUGCAGGGUAAGUAAUCAAAAUCAGCAAUCAGCUAUAUGCCAGAUCGUAUUUGACAAUUUCGAAACCAUUUUACCUCCUACAAUACGAGCUAAAACCGAGUUUUAGGGAGUCAAAGCCCUCUGGUCACCUUACACUGGGAUCGUCGACUGGAAAGUGGUCUGUCUCAGCUACGCCGACGACUUCAAACAAUCCGGCGGAGAUAUUUACACCUCACAUCCUCUAAAACACAUCAAAGAAAGUGGAGACCCCAAGUAUCCCAUAAGAGUUGAAAGUGGUCCAGGAAAAGUAAGCAUGGAGAAUAUCAACUAACACGAAGUUUAGGCGCCAAUUCACGCAUCCCAAGUGAUCACCUGCGCUGGUCUCCAAUCUGAUCGAGUAGCACAGCUCACGGGCUGUAAAUCUGUGCCAAAAAUUGUCCCGUUCCGAGGGGAAUACCUGUACUUAAAGCCCGAGAAACACCACUUGGUUACCACUAAUAUUUACCCGGUAAGUAGGGAUUUUAAGGUGAGAAUGGGGUUUGAAAUGUGGUUGGGUGGUAAAACUAGAGUGUUAAAAAUAGCUACAAGGAUGAAUUGGAUAAAAAAUAUUGCUUUAGGAACAAAAAUUUUUAAAAUUUUUGCAGUGGCGGAUCUAUCCAGUGGAAAAAACGUACCAUUUUGAAUCCUGGAAGCACCAAAAAAUUACGCAAAAUACCUCCGCUCCAAGUGAAAAAAAAGUUUUAGUCAACUAAAACCUCCAAAACGUUUUAGUUGAAAAGGAGGCAUUUUGCUACGUUUUUUGAUACUCCAGGAUGCAAAAUGGUACGUUUCUUGCUACUGGAUCAGGUCCGUCACUGUAAAAUUAGGGGAAAUUUUCAGUUUUAACUAAAAGUCGGCAUGGUUAGUGGAGUUAUGGCUUUCAAACGUUGUACUGGACGUCUUAGACUCCACUAUGACCUUUUUUAUUAUCUCCAAUUGUUUAUUUUAGGUCCCAGAUCCCCGUUUCCCCUUCCUCGGUGUUCACUUUACUCCAACCAUGCGAGGAGAAGUUCUUCUUGGCCCAAAUGCUGUCCUAGCUUACAAGCGUGAAGGCUACAGCUAUUUCGACUUUUCUCUCAGAGAUUUCAUCGAUGCUGUCAGCUUUGUGUAAGUUUUUUUUUGGAAUUUUUACCCAAAUUAAAAUUUUUUGAUGAUAAGAAAGUCAUUGCCGAUUUUUCAGAGGCAUGAUACGCCUCAUGUCCAAAUACGCGGGCUUCGGAUUGAGCGAAAUGUAUCGAGGCAUCUUCUACCACGCUCAAGUCAAGCAACUUCAACGCUACAUUCCCGAAAUCUCAUUCAGCGAUGUGACCCGAGGCCGGGCUGGCGUCAGAGCGCAAGCCCUUGAUGCCACAGGCGCUUUGGUCGAUGAUUUUGUCUUCGACGACGGUGUGGGCCCUUUGGCACCACGAUUACUUCACGUUAGGAACGCCCCGUCACCCGGUGCCACCAGCUCAAUGGCCAUUGCAAGAAUGGUCGUAGACAAGGCGGUGGACAAAUUCAAACUAUAG